AUGUGGAGGAAUGCGUCAGUGGCGGCCCUUCUGGCCCUGGCAGUGGGCUACUUCUACCACGGCUGCCCUGAGCUGCCCGAGCAGCUCCUCCACUACAUUAGCCCGCCUGGCAGCCAGUCCUCCCCGCAGAGCAAUAUCCGCCUGGAGCAGGUCAUUUCAGAUGCUUGGGACUCUCUGAUCACAUUGCCUACGCGGCAGUGGAGCAGAGUGGCCGUCGGGGUGAAUGCCUGCGUGGACGUGGUGGUGUCCGGAGUGGGCCUGUUGCAGGCGCUGGCCUUGGACCCAGGCACCGGCCUGGAUCACGAGGUGCUUCAUUCCAAAGAGGACCUGAGGGAAGCCUUCAUCCAUUACAUGGAGCGCGGGGCAGCCGCCGAACGCUUCUUCAGCGACAAGGAGGUCUUUCAGAGGAUCGCCCGUGCGGCUGCCGAGUAUCCCGGUGCUAAACUGUACGUCGGAGGAAACGCCGCUCUGAUCGGUCAGAAACUCGCAACAUACCCAGAUCUCAUGGUUUUGUUAUGUGGCCCGGUUGGACCGAAACUCCACGAAAUGCUGGAUGAGCAGAUUGUUGUUCCUCCGGGAUCCCUGCAAGAAAUGGACGAAUACCAUCUAAUCUUGGAAUACAAAGCCGGCGAGCAGUGGGGUUUAACACGAGCACCUCAAGCCAAUCGCUUCAUCUUCUCGCACGAUGUGGCCAAUGGAGAGAUGAGCACAUUGGAGACAUUCGUGGCCAGCCUAGAGGAGUUCCAACCUGACUUGGUGGUCCUGUCUGGGCUGCACAUGAUGGAGGGCCAGGGCCGCGAGCUGUGGGAGGAGCGCCUCAAAGAGGCGGUGGCAUCUAUAUCGGACAUUCGUAAGGACAUCCCUAUCCACUUGGAGCUGGCUAGCAUGACGGACAAAGAUUACAUGAACAGCAUCAUGCAGGAGCAGGUCAUGCCCAUUGUCAGCUCCAUCGGGCUGAACGAGCAGGAGCUACUGUUCCUCUCGCAGGCCGGCGGCGGACCUCACGCUCAGCUGGCGGCGUGGAACGGCGUCCCCGACGUGGGCCAGGUCAGCGACAUCCUCCUGUGGAUCUUGGAACGCCACGGCCGAAGCGACCCCUCGUCAGAGGCUGACCUUACCCGCGUCCACUUCCACACGCUGGCCUACCACGUGCUAGCCACGGUGGACGGCUACUGGGCCAACCAGGCGGCGGCGGUGACGGCCGGUGCGCGCGUAGCCAGCAGCCAGGCGUGCGGCAGCAGCGCCGUGGACGCCGCUAAAGUGGAGCUCAAAGCUCCGCUGAGAUUUCACAGUUCUCACUCGGAGCCACGUGUGGCGCUGUCGCUCGACCCGGCGGCUCCGGUGACGGCGUGGCGGCGGGGAAACGUCACGUUCCACAUGACGCCGGUGCUGGUGUGCAAGCAACCGCUUCGGACGGUCGGGCUCGGAGACGCCAUCUCGGCGGAGGGACUCGUUUACUCAGAGUUAAAGAGCCGGCGACCUUACUGA